AUGUCCAACCUCACCUCCUCCGCGUCCGGCGGCCCCAACGCGCCGCCUGCUGGUGCCCCGCCGCAGCCGGCCGCCGGCAACAACAAACGCAAGCGAAGCCUCCCAGGCAACCCCGACCCCGAGGCGGAGGUUGUGGCUCUUUCUCCGGCGACGCUGAUGGCGACGAACCGUUUCGUGUGCGAGAUCUGCGGGAAGGGGUUCCAGCGGGACCAGAACCUGCAGCUGCACCGGCGCGGCCACAACCUCCCCUGGAAGCUGAAGCAGCGCGGCACGGGCAGGGAGGCGCAGCGGAAGAAGGUGUACGUGUGCCCCGAGGCGUCGUGCGUGCACCACGACCCGGCCCGCGCGCUGGGCGACCUCACGGGGAUCAAGAAGCACUUCUUCCGCAAGCACGGCGAGAAGAAGUGGAAGUGCGACAAGUGCUCCAAGAAGUACGCCGUCCAGUCCGACUGGAAGGCGCACUCCAAGAUCUGCGGCACCAGGGAGUACAAGUGCGACUGCGGCACAAUCUUCUCCAGGCGGGACAGCUUCAUCACGCACCGCGCCUUCUGCGACGCGCUCACCGAGGAGAGCGCCAAGGCCAUCGGCCUCAACGCCAUGGCCGCCGCGCCGGCGCCAGCGCACCUCCACCACCCGCUGCUCUUCUCGCCGCCGCCCGCGCACGUCAUGCAGCAGCAGGACGUCGCCUUCCUCCAGGAGCACCCGCAGCACCACCAGCACCAGGAGGUCAUGCAGCCGCCGCCGCAGCAGCACUACAACUACGCCAUGAAGACGGAGAUGCCGCCGUGGCCGCCGGCGAUGGCCUACGACCACCCGCUGCUGCAGCCGCUCGCCGCGGCGCAGAGCUCGGCCACGUCCGCGCCGCCGGCGCCGCAGCCGCAGCUGCCCGCGGCCUCGGCGCACCUGUCGGCCACGGCGCUGCUGCAGAAGGCGGCGCAGAUGGGCGCCACCAUCUGCGGCGCGGGCGCGGGCUACACCCAGAUGGCGGGCCCCGCGACGAGCGCGCCCGGCAGCGGCGCCACCUUCGGCCUCGGCCUCCCGGGCCUGCAGAAUGCCCAUCAGCAGCAGCAGGAUGGCGGGGUCAUGGCCGGGCUCGCGAGGACAGCCUCCCACGGCCGCAGCGGCGAGGAAGGCGCCGACGGCAUGACCAGGGACUUCCUGGGCCUGCGCGCCUUCUCCCACCGCGACAUCCUCGGCCUCGCCGGCUUGGACUCCUCGUGCAUGGGCGCCAUCACCGCCAACGCCAGCAUGAGCUGCUACGAGCCACAGCAACAUGCACAGGUACAGGCUCAGGCUCAGACGCAGCAGCAGCAGCAGCAGCAAGCAGCAGCGAGCCAUGGCACGGCAUGGGCAACCAUAGCUAGAUCGAUCGCUUCGCUAGCUACCCCUGGCAGCAAAGCUACUUUCUUCUUGCUCUCAAGUCUCAUCAGCCGUUGCAUCUGA